GCCAGAGCGAGGGAGAGAGCGAGGGAGAGCGAGAGAAAUCCCUAGAGACAGACUGAGAGAGAGAGGAGAGAGAGAGGGGGGAGAAACAGACAGGACCAGACAGACUCCCUCAGCAGUUUAGUCGCCGGUCACUCGGCGCAAAACGCGGAUCCUCUAAAGCUGAUUUGUUGUAAGGGACUGAAAGUAGCUCAAGUACAUUUUUACAACGUUGAAACUACAUUUAAAGGCUGCAGCGAUACUUCAGCGGCACGCCGAUAGAUAGAUAGAUAGAUAGAUAGAUAGAUUUUCGUGGAAGAGGAGGAGAAACCUCAGAGAGGAGGAGGAGAGAACCGAGACAGGAGGAGGACCGGAGGGAAAGGAGAGGAGGUUGGAGAGAGAGCAGAGAAAAAAGGAGGAUUUUUUUGGAGGGGAGUUUGUUGUGAGAUUUUUAUUUUAUUUUUUUUUAGUCUCCUCUCUCUUCCGGUCGCCUCUCCUCCUCCACUCGUCCUCUCUGUCCCGGAGUAUUUAUGUCUGAUUUUAGGAGCAUUUAAAUGUUAAACUUGAUGGGUGUUUUAAACGCCACCGCCGCCAAUGUCUCCUGUACUUGUAACUGCAAGCGCUACACCUCCCUCCAGAGCAUGGAAAUCAGGAAAGAAUCUCCAUUUGAGAUGGAUUCAGCCCAGCUGGAGUUCGUCCAGAUUCUGGUGAUCGUAAUAGUCAUGAUGGUGAUGGUGGUGGUCAUCACCUGUCUUCUCAACCACUACCGCCUAUCAGCACGCUCCCUUCUUUCCAGGCACGCCCCUACACGCAGGAGACACCUGCCACUGGCCAACGAGGGAAGUCUGUGGUCCUCUGAGGGAACAGGCACAAACAGUGGUCUAAAUGAGCACCAGGUGUAUAACACCCACCCCCCGGAGAGAGGGGGCAGCUCAUCCUACAUACAGCGGGAAGCACAGCAUAGCCACUCCCAUCCUCCGCUGCAGCCCCAGCGCUUCCAGCACACAUACGCCCCGAGUCGCUUUCAGCCAACUUAUCCCUACCUGCCUCAGAGCCUCAUCGAUCUUCCCCCCACCAUCUCCCUCUCAGAUGGAGAGGAGCCCCCGCCGUACCAGGGGCCCUGCACCCUGCAGCUCAGAGACCCCGAGCAGCAGAUGGAGCUGAACCGCGAGUCGGUCAGAGCGCCACCCAACCGAACAGUGUUCGACUCCCACCCUCUCGAUCCAUCCAACUCCUAUCUGCAGGCCAGACUGCAGGCCCCCCCUCCAAGUGUCCAUUCAGGCAUCAGUGUGUUGGAAGCCCAGGAGGCUUUGUCCAGGCAUCAGAAGCAGGGCUCUCGAGUGGAAGGAGCUCCUCCGGCCUACAGCGAGGUGAUUGGGCACUACUACCACCCAGCAUCUGUAACCUCCAGUCACAACAAUCGGACUGUGAUAUCCUCACAAGCACCACCUGCCUCGCUCAUACAAGGCCUGCUCCGACCUCCGCAUCAACAGCAAGGAAGCGUGGACAACAGGAACACAAGGAAUACAAAGGAGAAAUCCCAGAAACCCCAGCAGGUGUGACAGUGCUGCUCUCUGCUUCCAGUGAGAAAGCCGGGAUUACAUCUGCUCACCACUGGAGUAAUGGCCAGUGGAGAAAAAUCACGAUGUUGUUAAAAUCCACUCUGAAGGGUUUAAGAGCUGGUUAGUUUUAGAUGUUGCAGGUCAGUUUUACAGUUUCCCCACUGGCUUCUCUGGGUAAGAUAACCCGGAACCACGUUGCUUCUGCAGAUCACAGUCGCAUGAACAUCUGGCACAUCCUGUUCUGCAGCUUCCUGCUUCAUGUCUUCAGAUGAACCAUUGAUGUCAGAAAAGAGAGGCAGAUUUAGAAGGGAGUGAGAUGGAAGCAGAUGCCUCUUUCCCUUAACAAGUCCUCCUCAUCUCUCUUCUGUCAGACUGAUCUGCGUAAUCACCUUUCACAAUGAAUAUUUACUUGGUCUGUUUUUUCCGUUGAACUUAUUCUUUAUCUUAUUCACACAUUCAUGAAAAUUCCUAUCCAAGCAAAUGGCGAAAUGUUACAAUCUUCUUGGUUCUUCCAUUUGUAGGAUUUCUUUUUUUAAAAUGUGAUAAUCCCCCCCCCACCACGCUGCUUGUGUCCAUUUAGUCCAUAUUCAAAAAUCCACUUCUGCACCAGGCUUUAGCCACAUCGCUGGGACAUUUUAGCACAGUAGAAAGAAAUUGGUGAUAGCUUAUUCCGUGAGUUGUAGCACAAGGCUAAAAGUUCUGCCUUACAUUUCCUAAGCAAUGCCACUGAAAUGCUUGUUUCUUUUUUUCCUUUUUUUUCAAAUUUUAUGUUCUUUUUUUUAAAAGAACGGUUGCACAAAGUUCAAGACUGUUCACCGCAGAAAAAGAAUAAUCCGCAAUAUGAUGGAAAAGAGACAGAAAGUAGGGAAAGCAUGGGUAUUUUUCUAUACUUGAUGGAUUCCUAUGAGUAAAUUUGUUGUGUUCCUUUUGUUUAGUUUUUUUUUCCAAUUUGUUGUCUAGUUUUAGAAAAAAAAAAGAUACAAACAUCAGUAAUCUGUUGGGGUGCCAACUUUUCACCUUUUGCAACGUACAUGUUGACGUGUAUAUACGUCACACAUGGAGCAUAUAUACACACACAUGUAUGCAAACCUAGAGUGAAAAGCACGAAUUUCAAGUUAUUUAUAUAAUUGCUGAGAAGAAUUGCACUAUUUUUUAGUAUGCGCCGAUGGAACGUUUCUGGGACUUUUAUUUUGAAGGAGCUCUGUCUAUUGGGGCAUAAAAACAAGAGAGAAGCAAGAACAUGGUGAGUGAAGCUCGGACCGAGCGGUGCACAGCAGCUGCUAUCAUGAUAAAAGUAAGGGGAGGUUCCGACUUUGGCCCAACGGACUCGGAUUAACCGUUACUGUACCAUUGAUAAAAAUGAAUAAAUAAUCCUUGGUUUAUGCAAAUGUCCGAGUCCCGCGAGCCAGCCACAAGUCAGCAUCCAACCUGUGGGUCCAAUCAGAAAGUCUUAACUCUCUCUCAUCCUAUUGGCCGAAUCAUUAGCCAAUCCCAAAGCUGGCUAUUACUACCUCGACCAAACAAGCGAAGCACAUUAGAGUUUAUUCAUGUUAACCAGACACAACAAAUGUCUGGAACAAUCGAGACAGUCUAAUGUAACAAUAGAUGUUAAGUAGAGUAGGAUGUCGUAGACUUAGUUUUUAAUCCUGUUGUGUUAUUUUAUUUGAAUGUCAGAUAUUUUUAUUCAUUGGAUGAGAAGAGAGAAAACAAACCAAUGACAUCCCCCUUGUAGUGCAUUACUCAGGAAGGAAGCCAGUCGCCCAGCAGGUCCUGAAUAUCUGAUGCACUGACUGUGCACCACUUUGGCCACUCAUGCACCCGAAAGACCAAAUUUUCUGGUCACGUACCUCUGGUUCCUUUGAAUGAUCAAAUCUCUCCCACGUUUUCAACCCAUGUACACAAUCUGCUCUCUAAGUUUCUCUCUCUUGCAGGCCACUCUGAGCACUUUAUUGCACCAGGAAAGAGACAACAAUCUUCUGUCAGCCAGCGCCGACCAACCAACCAAUAAAGCUUAAACACAACGGUAGAACCUUUUAGGUUUUUAGAUUCAGAUUUAGAUUCUCCAACCACUAGUGAUGCACUUUUAAAGAGAUGCAAAGAGUUGUGGACCAAAGCUUUUAACAUUUACUGGAUUAAAAAACAACUUUAUUUAUCAUUUUGAAGUUUAAGAACUUUAAGACAUAUGGACUUUAAAUACAACCAGCAGAACAUAUGCUUUGACAAAAUAUAUUCUAUAAUUAGGAGAAUUUUUUAAAUUUUCUUGAUUAUAAACUCAUGCUUUUAAGCUUUGGACUCAAACUCUUUGAGCGUUAAUGCAGCACAAGGCUGGUUGUUGAAACUAGGCACACUGAAGUGUUGAAAAGUGGCACGAGUGUUAAUAGCAGCCCGUCUUGUGUCAUCUCAUUAAGAGUGCAGAAUUAAUAGAGUUGCAUUAUGUAGCUGACUGAGCUACUUGGAUUAGAAAGUAAUCAGUAUUUGUAGUUUUUGUAUUUAAAGCUGCUGCUUGAGCUAGACAAAGUCAGCGCCCUCUAGUGUCCAGCCUUUAUGCAACAGCGCCCUCUGCAGGGACUGAACCAAACUGUAGCCAGAUCUCCUGAGAGACCAGAAAGUCUGAAGGCUAAAAAAAAGACAUUUUAUAAUCUUUCAUUUUUUGUCUGUACUUUCCAUGAUGAGUCACAGCAGCAUCUAUCAACUAUCGUGAUAAAAAGAAUUCAAUCUGCUGAACUGGUUCCCCAGUAUAAACCUUGUUUACAGGGACAGUUUGGCCCAAAGGUAAAUUUAUGUAUUUUUCCAAUUUUUUUUGUAGUCAUUCCUAUCCACCUGGAUUGUGUUGAACUGGUGUGUGAAUUGCCCGGUUCUGGAGAAAUCAGCUACAGAGAUGCCUGUGUUCUCUUUAAUAUAAUGUAAGGAAAUGGCACUCUCUGCUUGGGGUGUUUAAAGUGCCAAAAUGUGAAAAAGACGGUAAUAGUUUCUCUUUCCAGAAAUUGUGAUCUGUUUAUUCAAAAAAAAAAUAAAAAAAAAAUCCACAAACCUUACAGUGAGCCAUUUCAUGCAGGAACUCUUUAGUUCGUACUGAUCUGCAAUUUUGAAACAUGUCCAUGUGCAGAAGAAAGCAACCAUGUGCGUGUGAUGAAAGGCUCUUGCUGGUGGGAGAUUGAAUGGAUGUUAACUUCAAUUGCAUGCCCCUCAUUUGACCUGUAAUAUCAGGUAGCUGCACAGGUGCGAGGGUGUCUUUUGGUAUGAAGAAAAUAAUUCCUACAUGAAACUGCUCACAAAAAUGAUGGUGGAUGUUUUUUGAUUAACAGCUUCACAAUUUUUGAAAGAGGCAUAGCUGCAGAAUAUUUCAAAUGUAAUUUUUGGUGCUUUGAGCUCUUCAUAGUAAAUGCCAUUCAGUUCUAUUCCAUUAAAUAGAACGGUGACAUUUAUAUAUCCAAAAACUUCAAAAAUUAGUGGCUCACAAAAAAAAAAAAACAUAGAAAACUGUGUAAAUUUGAUAUUAGGGUGAACUCUAAUUUUAAGUUGCUGGAUACAAACUAAAAGUUUACAGCUUGAUAGAUGGAUGGGAUGUGUUUAUGCUAGUCUUUCUCGUCAUUUUAGCAUCCCAGUGAUGCAGUCUUGUUUGUUUUGUGUUCUACAGCAAACUAUAACAUUUCAAAUCAUAAAACAGAUUGAAAAGACUCUUCUAGCUGGUUAGAAAAGUCUUUGAUGAUAUUAGAAAGAUCUUCAAAACAUCUUGUAGCAUUACUCAGCGAACUACUUUUAAAGAUCCAUCGAGGAUCUGGGCUUUACAGAUGCUUAUAUUUUAGAGUUAAAACCUGAAAACACUGAAUUCCUCUCAAGAGGUAAAGACAGAAAGUGAGAAAAAAGAUUUGCCCUCCCGUCAUCUUUAAAGUCUAGAGCUCUCUGUAUUGUUCCUCUGCUGCAUUGCAUUUAAUAUAGAUCAUUUAAAGAAAAAAAAAAUAUUAUAGAAAUUAACAAAUCUACUGACCCAAAAGAACGACGAUAAAAAAAUAAUAGCAAUAAUAAUAAUAAUAAUCUUUGGUCUUGUAAUGAGGUUAGCAGCCUGGUUCUAAGUCCUAAGGUAAUUUGAACUAUUUUUCUCUUUCAUACUUGUUUUUGAACAGAGUUGUUUCCUUAAAUGGUUUCCUUUCCUGCACCAGAGGGUUUGCAGCGGGUAUGAGAAGGCUGGACAGGCUCUGACCACAAAUAUUAGUGAUAGGAUCUUAAAAAAUGCAUAAGGAAGUUGGAAAAAUGUGUAGAAUCAAUCUCUUAUUUCAGGGGAAAACCCGGACUGGCUGACAAUACAAAAUAAGACAGGAGGAGAAAGAGGGAAAACUCAUUUGGAGGCUGACAGGAAGAACAGAUCACACAUUUAUACACAGCUGCUAAUACCCUAGCGCUGCCUACACUUAAAGACUGGUGUGUUUACAUGCAAUUGUACUUGUUCACCAGUGUUUGUGAGCUUUUUUUUAACUCUCAAUUCUAUUUAUUUAUGUUUUUUUUUUAAAGUUCAGUUCGAUUUGAGUCACAUAAAAGAGACAUAUUAAACCAAUCAGUGCUCAAAUCACAUAUUUUUUGUUGCUUUAAUCCAUCGUGGAGAUAUUGAAAGUGUUAGGAGAUCACUGUGUGUGCGUGUGUGCAGUUAAUGUACACCCACUUGCCCUGGGAAAGACCUCCAGCUGUCUAGACAAAAACUAAACACACACAAAGACACACACAGAGCAGACUAAACAAACUCACCGAAGAACCAAACGCCUCACACACACACAGACACACACACACACACACACACGCGCACACACACUGAGGUUUUUGUUAUUGCGGACCACACAAGGUAGCAAAAACAUUUAUUUCACACACCUUGAUUGCCUCUCCCCUCCCUCUCCCUCUUCCUGUCUGAACGAGCUCUUCCUGUUCCCUAGAGAUGGCCGCUGUCCAAUGACAGAGCUCCUUUCAGAACCGGCCCUCGCUGCCACUGGGUCAGCGCUCUUUGAGUCUCCAUGGAAACGUUCGUUGUUUAUUAUUGUUGCUAUGUCGUACAAGUGUGCCUGCCUGUGCUGAGACGGGCAAAAUGUGAGUGGCUAGUUUGGGCUGUCAAUCAUCCCAGGCCACACUGUCUCAGAUGAUGACGAUGAAUAGAUGAUGGUGAUGAGAUUGUUGUUGUUGGUGAUGAUGAUGAUGAUGAAGAUAGAUGUUUUUGGUAGUGACACCGCAAAGAUCGUUGCAAUACACCUACUAUUUGCCUUUUUAAUGAUAUUAGUCAUAUUUUAACGUAGUGUGCUAAAUGUCAGUUUUUUUAUUGUUGUUGUUGUUGUUGUUGUUGUUGUUGCUGAUGAUGUUUAUUCACUUGAGAACAAAAAGAUUUAACUUCAAUUCAAAAGUUCAUAUCAUUAAAAAAUGUGUUUGUUUUUUUUUUCAUUUUGUAAACAUCGAGAGUGUAAAACUACCUAACACACAAAAACUGCAGAUUUCUGGGGAGGAUGUGUAAAUAUAAGAAAAUGUACUUCUGCUUUUAAGUGCCCUUUUUUACAGUUUAAAGUUGUCAGUGUGCAGCUGUCUGAAGAGCAAACCGGCGCGAUUGGUGCGGGGAUCGACGCCACAGAUCCCCAUCAUCCCCAUGAGAUGAGCUUAUGUUAAAGCUAGCUAAAGUUCCCUUUUAUCAGAACCUUUUUGAGCACAUUUGUGUCACGCACUUAUAAGUUCAAGUAUAAAUCUUCAUGUAAGCACCUAGUCCUCGUAACCCAUUCUGUCGGCUAAUCAUCGCGUCUCCUUACUCGACCCAGCGUCUAGAUGUGUGCCUUCUGGUGUCCAGCAUGAUCGGAGACUUACACUUAAAAAAAAUCCUUUACUGUUGCCUUUCAACGCAAAACCUCGGACAGCACAAAAUCUUAACACGUUACAGCUGUGAUGUAUGGAAGCCCAGUCAGGCCAAGAAAAAAAAAUGGAGGGAAAAAAAACAUUCAGUGUUUCUAAGCUAAAAUGGACUAAAAGUCCUUAAAAUACUACAAAAAAAUAACAUGUGGAAAAGCAGAUAUCUGCAAAUCCUGUGUGGCUGCUUCUAUUGUUUUUAUGUUACCAUUCCAACUUCUCUUCCCUUUUCUUUUUCCUGGUAAAGCUGGACUUCCAUAAUCACCAUAAUAGAUGCUAAAUUUGUGAAAACAAACAGAAAAGUGUCUUUCACAUUGCUGUUGCUAUUGCUGCUCUAUAUGUUUGGAAAUGUAACUAAAAACAGCUGAAAUUAAUGUUUUUCUUCAGAAAUUUAAUGAGACGCAAUAUUUGCUUUUAACAUUUCUGGCUGCUUGCAAAGAAUCACACACCACACAGUCCAGAUUCAUAUGUGACAUUAUUUAAGACAUCUCCAAAGACGAGACCACUGUAAAGAAAAAAAGUUCAGUCAAGCUUGAACUUUUUUUUUUUUUUAGAUUUUGGGGAAAAAUAUUUUUUUCCUCCAAUUUCUGUUAUAUGUUUGAUCAGUUUUAAAAGAAAGGAUGAUUUAAGUAACACAAGUAGACUGGCAAAAGGCGUACAAGCAAACCAUUUUCUCCUUUCAUAUUUCUGUAUCAUUGCAUUUUUCUCUGCUUGCUCUGCUCUUUUAAUCAGCGCUGCAUGGCGCCUCACCUCUGACAAUGUCGAAGAAAAAGUAUACAAAAGCACUCUUGUUCGCAGUUAUGUUAUGUGUUCGUAUUUAAAUAAGCCUCUGUAUCUUACACCGCAGUGACUAUUGUAGAAGUCUUCCACCUGUCCUUGAGUUUUAUCCUGCAAGCAUGUAAACUGUGGGGCUUGUACAAUAGACCAGUUUGUUCUGGUAAGGAUUCCUACGUGCAGCUGGUCCAGAUGUUUUAGAAAAGCUUGAUAAAAUGCUGCGAUUGUGUCCAGAAAAAUAAAACUGCACACAAAUAAUCAGCAGCUUCGGAGUGAAAUCUUCACUCAGGACCAGAUGUUGGAUAAAAAUGUGGGAACUCUGACUUAUUCUCUGCAAUGCUGGUUUUACCAUCACUCAAACUUAGCACCAGGUUCAUAAAAAGAAUGAACAUGGAGCUGAGGGUUUAACUUCAAUCUGUUAUCUGUCACAGCAUGGCUCAUGCACUUAUAUAGAGGCCUGCUUAUUCUCAGUGAUAAUAACUGCUUAUUUGUGUAUUAAGACAGUUUAUUUUAAUUUAUAUUGGAUGGUCUAUGUGUUGCUGGGUUUGCUAUGUUGUUAUUUUCUUUUCUGUUACAAACACAAGACAAUGGUUUAUUGUUGUUGUCACAGAACAUGAAUCAGACACAUUUCAGUUAGCCUUCGAUUUAAAAAAACAAAUAAAAAGUUUUAUAAAUUCA